AUGGUCAUUAAAGAAAAAGUUAGUAAAUAUCCGAGCAUCACCCAAGUUUUUCCCAGAGAAGUCUACCUGUUUUGGGUUAGUCACAAAGAAACCGAAGGCACCGAAGCCAUGAAAACUCGACCGGGGAUUGUAAUUUCAGUGGAAAGUCUAAAUAAAUGGAAUAAACGCUGUAUAAUUGUGCCGGCUACUACUAAAAAAACUAAUUUAGCCAAAAUUUACCCAUUUGAAGUGAAAGUAAUUAUUGAUGGUAAGAAAGGAAAAGCCAUGGUAGACCAAUUAAAAACUUAUAGUUUGGGACGGAUUAUUGAAAAGUCGUUUAUGGGAAAAAUUAGCGAAAAAGAAAUGGAAGAAAUUCAAGAAAAAAUAAUGUCCGCUUGUAAUUUAUGGGAAUACUUAAAGAAAAUAAGUUCAGUAAAAGCGAGGGCUUUUUUAGCAGUAGAAAUUGCUAAACAAAAACAUAAGGCUUGGUUAACUUAG